GGUUUCGGGAUUCCUGCCGACCGGACCACCGGAUUGCCGCAUCCGGAUGGGUUUUCAGUGAAUUAGUGGUUCAGUGUUGGUGAAGAAGAGACUUGGUGCUGUGUUGUCGUGUUCAACUGUCUGCCAGUUGCAGUGUACCAUCAACAUCCGCCAUCAACCCUCAAGUAUCCGUGUCUCGGAGCUAUGGAUGCAUACUGUCCAUCGGUGCACUGUCGUCGUUGCUACUGUGAGAAAAUGUAAUGUGCGUUCGAUUUGUUUCAUCCUACAGAGCCACAUACCAUUUGCUCGGAAACGCGUAUAACCGUGAGACUCAUUAGUGGAUAUGUGCAUCGUAAAAGCGUUACGCUAAAAACUUAAUUUCCCGUACGACUUCUCCGGCAAGGGACGAUAUCGUUGGUGCGACUAAAAAACGAAGGUUUUCCCACUUUUCCCGAUAACCAAAACUUCGCAUUGCGACCCAAUGUAUUGUCCGGUAUCGAUCGAUACCACCUCACACCAUUUUCGCCAACUGGUACAAGCCGGCACCGAAUGGUAGGCGAGAUCAAACCACUCGGCAGCUGAGCGGAGAUCACCAACGAAGAUUUUCUACCUCUCAAAACACCCGCUCGCAGUGGAUCGACCAGCUCAAUCAAACGUUUGCGCCUAACGUACCCGCCCGUGUACGAACGGAGAAAAUCUGGCGAAGGUGUGCUGCGAAUUUGAUGCGUCUCGUAACGGCUGCUUUGAACCUACAGGAUGGAACAGUGAAUGUUGACAAAAUGACACCCGCACAAAAGAACUACCUGGAAGCGCAUAUGGCCGUCCAGCAGCAAAUGGCCCAGGCUGCAUUGCAGCUGCAGCAUCAGCAUCACCAGCAGCAACUGCAGCAGCAGCACCUUCAGCAGCAACAGCAACAACAGCAGCAACAGCAACAACAGCAGCAACAGCAACAGCAACAGCAGCAACAGCAACAUAGUUAUACGCGUGCUGUAAAGAAAACAAAAACCAGCCACGAUGGCCAUUCGUACAUGCAGCAAGGACAGCUAGCUCAUCAAUCUCAGCAGCAGCAGCAGCAGCAGCAGCAACCCGGCAGCUCGCCCUCCGCCCUCCCGAACCCAACCGUCAGCCACUACGCAAGCACGAUAAAGGUGCCGCAAAUCAAUGCCGGUUCGCACGGUGCGAACGCGGGCAAUGACACUGCUGCGUCUGUUGCAUCCGUCACCGGUACCAGCACCGUGGCCAGUGCCGCGACCGCGACGACGGCCACCGGCAACGGUGGCGGUAGUGGUGGCGGUUGCAGCAGCAGCAGCAGCGGCAGCAGCACCUUCACCGUGCCGGAUGACGUCGGGAUGGGAUUUGAAGGUGGAGUACGCGUUCUUCAAAGUUUGGGGAAUUGGUCACCGGAAAUACCGCCCAACAUACCGCGCCCGAACCUGAUCCCGUUCACCGAACCGUACGCGGAGGGUGGCUCGAUGCAUCCGGCCACCCGGCUGAAAGCGCUGCAGCAGGUGCAGCAAUCGUCUGCUGCGGCGGUGGCGGCAGUUGCGGCCGCGGCCGCCGCCGCAUCCGGUGCGUCCCGGCCGGUGAAGGGUGGUGCGGCGGCGAAAGGGAAGGCGGCCGCCUCGAAUGUGGAUCCGUCCGCGCCGCCCAAACCGGUGUUUGAGUGUACGGUGUGCGGGAAGGGGUUGGCCCGGAAGGAUAAGCUCACGAUCCACAUGCGCAUCCACACCGGGGAGAAGCCGUACGUGUGCGAGGUGUGCGAUCGGGCGUUCGCGCGCCGCGACAAGCUGGUGAUACACAUGAACAAGUUUAAGCACGUUACGCCGACGAAUAUUGCGCCGCUCGGAAAGCGCCAGAAUCGGUCGCUCACGAUAGGGGAAAAAGAAGAGUUCAAAAACGAAGACAAUAAGCCACCGAUGCUGGUCGAUCAUCAGGCGCUCGCGACGCAAACGCUAACCACCGUCGUGAACAACAUAGCGGCACAGCACCAGCAGCAUCAGCAACAGCAUCAGUUGAAUACUCAGCUAUCCCAUCAGCAGCAGCAGCAGCAGCAAGUUCCUUCCAGCCAGCAUUCGCAGACAACUGGUGCUGCCGAGUCCGGAACGCAGCUGGGCAGUAUCGGCGUACAGCAGCAAUCGCACCACACACUGUCCUGGCCCUGCGAGCUGUGCGGCCGGAUGUUUGGCACCCGGGAAGAGUGGACGCUACACGCCAAAAGCCAUCUGGAGGUAAUCGUCCCACAACUACCCUGCACCCGACCGCCGGGAACGUAAUUUUGCAUUUGCCCGGUCCACGUCCACCACGUAGUAGUAUCGCCGGUUUUAUUUUUGUCAAUCAUUCAUCUCUUCCAAUACCUACACCACCAACCACCCUCCCAUCCCCGCCUCCUGCGCCCGCAAACGUCACAUCAUCACCACGUCCCGGCGAAGUAUUGACAAUACGACGAACGCCAAGCGACGCGCUGGAGCCACCGGCCAUGCCUACAGCGAGACGCAGCUCACGAAGAGGUGAUUGCCCUCUCAAGCAUUUCACUACCACUCCCAAAAGGGGGGCAGUCGCCUAACGUUGCCCGGCGGUUUUGCUGCUACCCACCACUUCCUUAGCAGGGGGGUGGCCCGGCAGAGGUUUAAAAAAUGGCCAUCCAAAAGAGGAUUAUAAUGUACACACUCCCCCCCCCCCUCCCCUCCCACACACACACACACACACAUAUCGAUCGUGAUCCUCUGGAGUUCCUUGGUACGCGGCGGCGGCUACGUGGAGACGAACAGCUCUCACCCCAAUAUGGCAGGUGACUUACGCAAGCUAACUAGGCAACACAUUCGCAUUCUAUUUCGAAUUUUAAUGAAAUAAAUGUACUACCAAUACAACCAUAGCACACCGCAAGCAUAGGCGGCGGGGUGUUGUGCAAUAAAUUGUACUAAACGCACUGGAUGUAGAUUUUAAAAAAAAAAA